GAUGAUGUUCCUGUGUAUGUCUCUACUGCUUCUCUUCAGCUUUAUGGAAUCUCAAGCAGAGCGAUUAGAGGUGGUUGGUCCAGAAGCUCCUCUUGUUGCUGUAGCUGGUGAAGAUCUGGUUCUUCCCUGUUUUAUCAAACCCAACACCAGCGCUGUGCACAUGAGUGGAGUGGUUCAGACUAGAUGUAGAAGACUCAUUAGUGCAUCUCUAAAGAUCAUGAAGACAAAUAUGAAAAGCAGGCACAGUCCUACAGAGGAAGAACUUCACUAUUUAAACAGGAGCUACAGAAAGGCAACGCUUCACUCAAACUCUCAUCUCUCCAAGUCUCUGAUGAAGGAAAAUACAAGUGUCUUGUUGAGGAAAACUCAUGUUCUGGGAAGCCAUCCAGUGAUCACGAUGGAGAGUUAUGAUCAUUCAGGUGGGAUUAAUCUAGUGUGUGAGUCCAGAGGCUGGAACCCUGAACCUGAGGUUCUGUGGAUGAACAGAGAAGGAGACACUCUGCCUGCUGAAGAUACACAGAUACACAGAGACACUGAGGGCUUCAGUGUGAAACGCCACAUCACUGUUUAUGAUUAUAGCGACUCCAACAAGUUUUACUGCAGACUUCUACAAAAACAUCACAUGAUGGAGACAGAGGUCAACAUUAAUAGUGAAGUAUUUGAAGCGUGGAAGGGCGUUGUCAUCAGUAUUAUAAUUUUAGGGUUGAUAACUACAGCUGGAUUCAUUUUAACCACUACAUGUGUCUAUCAAAAGACAGUAACUCUGAGAAUAAUGGAAAAGCAAGAGUUUGAAAAGAAAAUUAAAUAUGCAGUGGAUGUGACUCUGGAUCCUGAUACAGCAAGUCCCAAACUCAUCCUGUCUAAUGAUAGAAAACAAGUCACACAUGAAGACACAAAACAAGAUCUCCCUGAUACCCCACAGAGGUUUGAUUACAGCCCCUGUGUACUAGGGAAGCAAAGUUUCUCUUCAGGGAGAUUUUAUUAUGAGGUGCAGGUCAGAGGGAAAACUAAGUGGGAUCUUGGAGUGGCCACAGAGUCCAUUAACAGGAAGGGGAAGAUUACACUGACUCCUCAGAAUGGAUUCUGGGCUGUGGUACUGAGGAAGGGGAAUCAGUAUAAGGCUUGCGCCGGUCCCUCUGUCCCCCUCACACUGAGAGAGAAUGUGGAGAAGGUGGGGGUGUUUGUGGAUUAUGAGGAGGGUCUGGUCUCCUUUUAUGAUGUGAUGGCAAGGUCUCAUAUCUACUCUUUCACUGGCCAGUCUUUCACUCAGAAACUAUAUCCUUUCUUCAGUCCUUGUAAUAACAAAAAAGGUCUAAAUUCAAUUCCACUGAUUAUCCAAAGUGACUUUGCAGUUUAGGCUUAAAGGGAGUUGCUCAAGGGGCCAAACUGAGACAGCUUGGUGCAGCUGAGAUUUAAAAUUAAACCUUGAGAUCAAUAGCCCAGAACCUUAACCACAUUCAUUCACACAAUUGCCUUUUGCUACUGAAGUUCAACAUAGGAUAUAACUGUAAUGUAUAAAAACAUAUUGCUAGGUGUCCCAAACACCUGUAUAUAUUUUUAAUGAAUACAUUUUAUCAGGAUCUAUACUUGUUCUAAUUUAUAUCUUUAAAUUAAUCAGUAAAUGCCUUUUACACCCGCUCCAGUUCUGGCCUGAUCACUUUCCCUGUUACACUCAGACCUCUGCCCCGGAUACAGAAGAAAACAGAACAAAACUGUACCUUUCCUUGUCAUUUGAAAUGACAAUGAAACACACACAUAUUUUGUACCUUUUAAUAUGUAUUUUGUAAUAUGUUGUAAAUACAAUUUCCCCACAGAUGCUUCCAGGCAAUGCUGUGCUGCCUGCAUUGUGACCAGGUUCCAUUAUUUGACUCAAUGCAAUGACUGACUUAGAUUAUCUUUUUUAAUUUAGUUUUAGUUUAGCUUGCUUUGUAAUAAGUGUACCAAGUGUACAACAAUAUAUAUAUCGGUAACCUGAAACGUUAGCUAUGUAAAGGGUCCUGGAGUUUUCUGUUCUUAAUUCUAAAGACAAACUGCCAUAACUAGUUCUGAAUGGAUAACUACAAUAUGGACACAACUCAGACGUUACUUCCAUAUCUCUCAUUGCCAAGUUAUCACAUCUCAGCAAUAUGCUGAGCCUUAUAUUUGUAAAAUCACUUAGUUGUCCUUAGCCCAAAUGUAGUGUAAAGGAACAAAAUGCUGUGCAACUUUCCUCACUUUCACUCGCAUUUAUAACAGUCUGUCACAACGUGAGGGUUCACAACAAACUCAGCGGGAGGAUAUGCAAGUGAAUGUAACGUUAAUGGUCAAAAACUGGAGCUGAUGUUAGCCUAGCCUACUUCAUGGGUGUGCAAAUAUCAACAGUUAAUUGACGUUCUUAAGAACAAACCAAGCAAUGGUUUGAUGCCCUCUAUACUAAGCUAAGGUUACCUACUCUUUAGGUAUCUAGUUACUUACUGUCCGGAAAAAAAGCUUGUAUGUUCUGCUGCACUUUUCUACGCUUGGCUGCUGUCUCCAUUUCUUACAGACUGAGCUGCUAAAAUAUACCAACCAAUUUGCGUUGAGUAUGGGCGCAAACAAGUGUACAAUUGGAGGGGAGCACACACCUGUUUUCCUUAACAAACGGAAAUAUAUUAAAAAGGAAUGUACAUAAAUAAAUUGAAUAAAUGAAGAAAAGACAGAUCCGUUGGCAGGGUUCAUUAAAGGGGGACAUAUAGAAAAUAUUUUGUACUGUAUAUUGGGGGGACAGAUUGUUAUUUCUUCAACAUUCGGGAGGGCAUGUUUGUUAAAUAUUAUUAUUUGAUUAUCUAGCACUUCCACCAUACAAGUCCCUAAAUCAUAACCAAGGAAUGAUAACAGGAUUUCAUUAUUAGUAGUAGUAGUAGUCGUAGUAGUAGUAUUGCAUUAAUUUAAAUGUGUGAUUUUAAUUGCAACUGGAACUACUAUAGCCCUGAUAGCAGCCCUUGCUGUUACAGAAAAUGAAUUAACGCCUUCUGACCAAUCAGAUUCAAGAUUUCAACAGCACUUGUAUGCAAAGUUUGUCUUUGGUAAUGCUGAAAUGAUACACCAUCACACACGUGACGUAUUUUUAUCUUUCACCCAUCAGAGAGACCGAUAGGGGGAACUGUUGUAACAUUUUUAGUGAAACGAAAGUGAAACUGAUUUGAAUUACAAACAUUUUUGUCGGUUCCUUGGGCUAAAGGUUUCACUACUACUACUUACUGUUGCAUUCUGGGACCCCAAACAAACAUACUAAGGUAAGUUACUGAUGGAGGCUACUGUUUAAUGGAUGUGAUACUUGAACACAAAUUAAGUAAGCUAAGCUUCAAGUUCUGGAUUAAUCUUGAAAAUUCAGGGACACUUGGCAUAGACAUAAAUGCAUAAUGUUUACAUAGAGAAAUGUAAAGUUAUAUGCAGUAAUUCUAUGUAUUUCAAUAAUUAUAUGGUCUGUUGUUUCAUUUGGCAAGUUAAUGUUAAAGGAAUACUUUUCUCCAAAAACAGACUCAACAGGAAGAAUGUUUUUAGGAGGGUAUUUUCACAGCUAGAAACCUCUUUAAAUGUAAUAAUAAUAAUAAUAAUAAUAAUAAUAAUAAUAAUUUCUUUUUUCCAUACUUUUCAUAGACCCUCUCCCAAACAUAAUCAAACUAUUCAAAUUUUAUGCUUAUUAUUUAAUGUGUAAUAUAAUAAUUUGGGUAUUUAUUGCAGCCAUUGACGUUUUAUUUCUGAAAUAUUCCACAGGCUAAUAUAAGAACUCAAUAACAAAUACAGUCAUUUUGAUAAUAAUAGUGGUGAAUGAUAUCCACCUCUGUAGCAAAUUAUUUUUUUUACAUUUCACAGACCACUGGACCGCAUUUUUUAAACCAACUAGUGUUCAAAUGAAUUAAGGUAGAGGAGAAGGAAAACAAACUGGCACAACAUGUGCAUAAGGACUACUUACUCUUGAUCCAUUUUACUUAUAAUAAUCAAACAAAUAACUUCAGGUUACAACAAAAAAAUAAACCAGAUUUCAAUAUGUAGUCAAGAUGUGGUUGUAGAUGUUACUGAAUUAUAGGGUGCAUUAUUUUUUUCCGACCUGAAUGUUGGUUUACAUUUUGGUAAAAAAAAAAAAAACAACAAUAAUAAUAAUAAUAAUAAUAAUAAUAAUAAUAAUAAUAAUUAAUUAAUUAAUUAAUUAAUUAAUAAACAAAUUUAAUUUAAAAAAAAAAGGUUACAUAUUGAAAUCUGUUGUUUUUGUUGUCACCUGAGGUUAUUUAUCUGGUGAGGACCACACUAUUGUUAUUUAGGCCCUGAUAAAUAAAAACAUAGAACUGAAAGAGGCUGUACUUUUAUUUUCCCCAUGACUGUACAAUUUCAUUCUCAGGAUUCUUGUUGGCUAAACAUUCAAAUGUCUAUAAAAUAAUUUCUGUAUACAGACUUGCUUGAAGAAAACAAACAGAUGUGCAGCAAAUGAUCUGGGAGAGGUCUGCUAGAGAUAAUAGCUAUGCAACUUGAUCCCUUUCAGUAGAAAAGCACAGAGGAACAGAUUUCACAAGACUUGCUUGAAGAAAACAAACAGAUGUGUGGCAAAUGAUCUGGGAGAGGUCUGCUAGAGAUAAUAGCUAGCUAACUUCACAUGGUAUUGAAGUCUUCACUGCUCUGAUUUGCUCCACUGAGAGAAGUCAGGCUGAGCUGCUCGAGGUGAUGGAGGAGAAGCAGAAAGCAGCAGAGAGGCAGGCUGAAGGACUCAUUAAAGAGCUGGAGCAGGAAAUCACUAUGCUAAAGAGGAAAGAUUUACAGUUGGACCAGCAUUCAAAUGCUGAAAAAUCUCCAAAAUAUUCAGAUUUACUUCUCCAUGUGCAGCCCUCCACACACCAAAAACUGGACUGAGAUCAGUAUUAAGUCUGAUCUCGGUAGGGAGACUCUGGGAACAUCUCUGUCUCAUCUUCACAAAGAGCUCAACAAUGAAAUGGAUAGAGAAAUGCAAAGGUUAACAAUUUGCUGUUAGCUAAUUGCCAGGGGGAGAUCUGGGAGCAGCCUGGGAGAGUGGGGCCUGCUUCUUCUAAGACACAUAAAGCCACCAUAUCUGCUGCUCAUUAAACAACACAGGACAGCUGGAUGCACGUAUGGGAGACUCUUUACACACUAUUCCAGCACAUGAUAAUUUGAACAAUAUUAUAUCCAUUUUUGAAAAUAUUCUUCCGUCAGAGGCGGAAAAAAAGACAUGAUAUUUGGUAUGUGGGUUCUAUAUAAUUCCCUAAUGUAAAUACCCCCAAAAUAAAUGACAAUCUCAUUUUAACCUCUUAGUGAAUGAGCCAGAAACAAAACUACAAAAAUUCUGCCACUGUCCAGUUGUGUACAGAUUGCAUUAUCCGUUCUUGUGGGUUCUUCUCUAUGCCCAUAAUAGAUACUAAGCCAGUCUUACUCUCUCCCCAAAGCAAGUUCUGGGCUUGGCUGAGGUUUACUGAGUA